GAAUCGGGUCAUCUAUUUGGCGGUGGUUGCAGACGAGGAAGGUGAGGAGAUUAGCAGUUCAAAGAGCAGCUGUCGACGACGUGUCUUGUUUAGGCUACUUGACUCCGGCGAACUCCGAACCCUAAAACCUAGCUCCAAAAUAUAAUUUUCUUCAUGUACUGUACUUUGCGAUUUCCCUUGCCUCUUCACAUUCCCCGAACUCGAACAAAGGCGUCUUGUAAGCCGAAACGACGCCGUGUGGAGCACUUGCGAUGCUGUGUUCAGCCUAGUCUUCGUGAAGAUGACGAAGAGGCCGAUGAUAGGAGUGUUGGAGCUCAAGGACGAGUUUCGAUUGUGGUAGAGAGAUACGGAAACGGCACUUCAAAAAGAUAUUUGCUAGAUGAUGAUGAUGAUUCCCCUUUACAAGGCUUUCUCGAGGAGCGUGAAACUAAGCCUGAUAACAAAUCUCAGAGCUCAAAUUCCUCAGAAACCAACACGCUUUGGCUUCCAGAUGUUGUUAAGGAUUUUGUUUUUCCCACAGGCUUUCCUGGGUCUGUUUCAGAUGAUUACUUGGACUACAUGUUGUGGCAGUUCCCUACCAAUGUUACCGGGUGGAUUUGUAAUGUAUUAGUCACUUCAAGUCUUCUCAAGGCGGUUGGCGUUGGCUCUUUCUCAGGAACUUCUGCUGCCGCUACUGCUGCUGCUUCCGCUGCAGCCAUCAGAUGGGUGUCCAAGGAUGGAAUUGGAGCUCUUGGUCGUCUUCUUAUUGGUGGACGUUUUGGUAGCCUUUUUGACGAUGAUCCCAAGCAAUGGCGCAUGUAUGCAGAUUUUAUUGGCAGUACUGGAAGUUUCUUUGAUCUGGCUACACAACUAUAUCCAACCCAGUUCCUACUGCUGGCAUCCACGGGAAAUCUAGCCAAGGCUGUGGCUAGAGGAUUGAGAGACCCUUCCUUCAGGGUGAUUCAGAAUCACUUUGCCAUCUCAGGGAAUCUUGGAGAGGUAGCAGCCAAGGAAGAAGUGUGGGAAGUUGCUGCUCAGCUAAUUGGUCUUGGUAUCGGCAUUUUGAUCAUUGACACGCCAGGCCUUGUAAAGUCAUUUCCCUUUGUGUCACUUACAUGGACGAGCAUAAGACUUGUUCAUCUCUGGCUACGCUACCAGUCACUUGCAGUCCUGCGAUUUAACACAGUAAAUCUCAAGCGUGCUCGUAUGCUAGUUGAAUCUCAUGUUGUACAUUCCAUCGUACCAGGAUAUGUUGACUGCAACAAGCGAGAAAACAUUUUGUUGUGGCAGAGAUUCAUGAAACCUCGGAUCAUCUUUGGUGUAUCUCUUGAGGAAGUAUCUGGUCUGGAAAANGAGAUUAGCAGUUCAAAGAGCAGCUGUCGACGACGUGUCUUGUUUAGGCUACUUGACUCCGGCGAACUCCGAACCCUAAAACCUAGCUCCAAAAUAUAA